AACGCAUGAUGAGGAGCUUCGUCUUGAGCACAGCUUUAUUUCUCUCCAGCCUCAGCUGGAUCUCUGUUUCAGGUUCUGAGUUUCAGACUGUGGAGGUCCAACUUGAUCAAGAAGUCACGUUGAAGUGCUCCAACAUUUCGAGUCAUCCAACACAGACAGACUGGUUCAAAGUUAUCAACAGAACUAAGCCCAGCUGCAUUGCUGCUAUGUAUGGAUCUCAGGGCAAAGCUUCAUUCUGUGAUGGAUUUCGAAAUGGAAAAUUCAAUAUGAGUUCCAACAACACCUCUGUGUUUCUUAAAAUCACACAAGUGGAUUUAUCUGAUGUCGGGCUGUAUUUCUGUGGAUUUUACGUGAAUAAGCAUACGGUCAUUUCCAAUGCAGUCGAGUUAAGAAUUCAAGGUAAGGUUGUAUGGAGGACUUUUGUCUUCCAGGCAGAAGAGUCUGACAGAAUGACACACCUGCUAAGCACCAUCCUGGGUAGUCUGGCUGGUUUACUCACGAUAGUGGUUAUUAUUCUGGUUUUAAAAAUCUGGAAACUUCAAAAAGUGGCAGAACAAGAACCAAAAAGCAACAAGAAUGUGAGCUCAGACGAUCUGAACUACGCAGCUCUCAACUUCCAGAAAAACGUCCAAAGAAACCGGAGGCCUGUGACACAGAGAGAGCUGGAGCCACAUGUUGUGUACGCUGCCACCAGAUAGACUCGUGCUUUGUGAUAACCUGCAGAUAAGGUUUUGUUUUGUGGAGGAUAUGGCAAAAAAUAAAACAAAUACAAUUUGCAUUCAAGUUGUGUUUGUAUCUUUACUUUUGUGUCAUUGUCUUUUUUAUUUGUCCACCUUUUGUUGGAGAGGAAAAACACUACUCUUAAAGUAUGUUGAUGAGGGAGAAGUCAAUGGUCUUACACCGAUUGUGAAACUUUCUUUUGGGGAGAGUCUAAUGCUCUGUUGUGGGAGAGUAGAAAUACAUUUUAACAGGAAGAGACAGCACUGUGUGGUCUGAGCCCAACUGAGGUUAAAAUCACAAGGUUUCCAAGCCCUUCAGGAAGUAUAAAGGUGACAUAGUUCUAAUUUAAACCGGUUGUUAUGUUUACACAUUUUGAUAACAUCAGUUUCAUUCAGUAACAUUUGUCGCAUGUAAUUUACUGGAUAUUAAAGUGAA